AUGCCUGCGCUCGUCGACGAAGACACCGCGCCCGGACGCCUCCUGCUGCUCUCCAACCGACUGCCCAUCACCAUCAAGCGUUCCGAAGAUGGCAGCUAUUCCUUCUCCAUGUCCUCUGGUGGUCUCGUCACCGGCCUGAGCGGUCUGUCAAAAACCACCAGCUUCCAAUGGUACGGCUGGCCAGGUCUCGAGGUUCCCGAGAACGAGAUUGCCGGCAUGAAGCAGCGUCUCAAGGACGAGUACGACGCCCACCCCGUCUUCAUUGAUGACGAGCUUGCCGACAAACACUACAACGGUUUCUCCAACUCUAUCCUCUGGCCGCUCUUCCACUACCAUCCCGGUGAAAUCACAUUCGACGAGAGUGCCUGGGCCGCCUACCGUGAAGUCAACCGUUUGUUUGCCAAGGCCGUUGUUCAGGACGUCCAAGAUGGCGACUUGAUCUGGGUCCACGACUACCACCUGAUGCUGCUGCCCGAGAUGUUGCGCGAGGAGAUCGGCAACACCAAGAAAAAUGUCAAGAUCGGCUUUUUCUUGCACACACCCUUCCCCUCCUCCGAAAUCUACCGUAUCCUGCCUGUUCGCGAGGCCCUCCUGACCGGCGUACUCGACUGCGAUCUCAUCGGCUUCCACACCUACGACUACGCUCGCCACUUCCUGAGCAGUUGCUCUCGCAUUCUUGGAACGCCCACCACCCCCAACGGAGUCGAUUACAAUGGCAAGUUCGUUACUGUUGGCGCAUUCCCCAUCGGUAUCGACCCGGAAAAGUUUGUCGAGGGUCUCAAGAAGCCCAAGGUCCAGGAGCGAAUCGAGGCCCUGACCCGCAAGUUCAAUGGAGUCAAGCUCAUCGUCGGUGUUGAUCGUCUCGACUAUAUCAAGGGCGUCCCGCAGAAGCUUCAUGCCCUCGAGGUUUUCCUGACGGAACACCCCGAAUGGAUCGGUAAGAUUGUGCUGGUCCAGGUUGCCGUGCCUUCGCGGCAGGACGUCGAGGAGUAUCAGAACCUGCGCGCCGUGGUCAACGAGCUCGUCGGUCGCAUUAACGGCAAGUUCGGCACCAUCGAGUUCAUGCCCAUCCACUUCCUGCACCAGAGUGUGUCGUUCGACGAGCUCACAGCUCUGUACGCCGUCUCCGACGUCUGCCUAGUCUCCUCUACCCGCGACGGUAUGAACCUGGUCUCGUACGAGUACAUUGCGACCCAGCGCGAGCGCCACGGAGUCAUGAUUCUGUCAGAGUUCACAGGUGCCGCUCAGUCCCUGAACGGCUCUCUCAUCGUCAACCCCUGGAACACGGAGGAGCUGGCAAACGCCAUCCACGACGCCGUUACCAUGUCCCCGGAGCAGCGUGAGACCAACUACAAGAAGCUUGAGCGCUACGUCUUCAAGUACACAUCCUCGUGGUGGGGCCAGUCCUUUGUCGCCGAGAUGACGCGUCUGUCCCAGGAGACGGUGCAGCCCAAGACGCUGAGGAACAUUAGCGGAAACGUGGUUGGCCAGGUCACCAAGGCGCUGCAAGGCGCAAUCGAGGGGGCUUCAAGAACUGCGGGCAAGGACGGCGCAGAGGAAACGAAGCAGGAGACGAAGCAGGAGAACCAAGAGGCAUAA